CCCCGCCCCGCCAGCCGCCCGAGCGGAGCCGCCGCGGCCGGAGCCCGAUGCCGGGAGCUGGGCGCUGAGGGCGGCCCCGAGAUGGGGAUUCUCAGCAUCACGGACCAGCCUCCUCUGGUCCAAGCCAUCUUCAACCGUGAUAUAGAGGAGGUGCGGUCGUUGCUCAAUCAGAAGGAGAACAUUAAUGUAUUGGACCAAGAAAGACGAACGCCGCUGCAUGCUGCUGCCUACAUAGGAGAUGUUGCAAUCCUCGAGCUCCUAAUACUGUCAGGUGCUAAUGUUAACGCGAAGGACACUGUUUGGCUCACCCCGUUACACCGCGCUGCGGCUUCUCGUAAUGAGAAGGCACUUCACCUCCUCCUGAAGCACUCGGCGGACGUCAAUGCCCGCGACAAGUAUUGGCAAACGCCUCUGCACGUCGCCGCUGCCAACCGGGCCACCAAGUGUGUGGAGGCCAUCAUCCCCCUGCUGAGCACUGUCAAUGUCGCGGACCGCACGGGCCGCACGGCGCUGCACCAUGCUGUGCACAGCGGCCACCUUGAGAUGGUGAAUCUGCUGUUGAACAAAGGGGCCAGCCUGAGUACUUGCGACAAGAAGGACCGCCAGCCCAUCCACUGGGCAGCUUUCCUAGGGCAUUUGGAAGUUCUGAAGCUGCUGGUGGCCCGGGGAGCUGAUGUGAUGUGUAAGGACAAGAAGGGCUACACCCUACUGCACACUGCAGCAGCCAGCGGCCAGAUUGAAGUUGUGCGUCACCUGCUGAGGCUGGGAGUCGAGAUCGAUGAACCAAAUUCCUUCGGUAACACUGCACUUCACAUUGCCUGUUACAUGGGCCAAGAUGCCGUGGCCAACGAGCUGGUCAAUUUCGGCGCUAAUGUCAAUCAGCCUAACGAGAAGGGCUUCACCCCUCUGCACUUUGCUGCCGUCUCCACCAAUGGGGCCCUGUGCCUAGAGCUCCUCGUGAACAACGGGGCCGAUGUCAACUUUCAGAGUAAGGAAGGGAAGAGCCCUUUGCACAUGGCUGCCAUUCAUGGACGGUUCACGCGUUCGCAGAUCCUCAUUCAGAACGGCAGUGAGAUUGACUGUGCUGACAAAUACGGCAAUACCCCCCUCCACGUUGCUGCUAGAUAUGGCCACGAGCUGCUAAUUAGUACUUUGAUGACGAAUGGUGCUGACACUGCAAGGCGUGGGAUCCAUGACAUGUUCCCUCUGCACUUAGCUGUUCUCUUUGGAUUUUCAGACUGUUGUCGUAAGCUACUUUCCUCAGGUCAGUUGUACAGUAUCGUCUCCUCGCUGAGCAAUGAGCACGUGCUGUCUGCAGGCUUCGAUAUCAACACGCCUGACAACCUCGGGAGGACUUGCCUCCAUGCUGCUGCUUCUGGAGGGAAUGUUGAAUGUCUUAAUUUGCUGUUGAGCAGCGGUGCUGACUUGAGGAGGAGAGAUAAAUUUGGAAGGACUCCACUGCACUACGCAGCUGCCAACGGCAGCUAUCAGUGUACGGUGACACUGGUCACGGCAGGAGCCAGUAUUAACGAGGCUGACUGUAAAGGCUGUACCGCCUUACACUAUGCUGCUGCUUCGGACACAUACAGGAGAGCAGAGACUCAUUCAGGAAACAGCCAUGACACUGAUGAGGAGCCACUGAAGGAGUCCAGGCUGAAGGAGGCAUUCUUUUGUUUAGAGUUCUUGCUGGAUAAUGGUGCUGACCCAUCCCUCCGGGACAAGCAGGGAUAUACUGCUGUCCACUAUGCAGCUGCGUACGGCAACAGGCAGAACCUCGAACUGCUCCUGGAAAUGUCUUUUAACUGCCUGGAGGAUGUGGAAAGCACCAUUCCAGUCAGCCCUUUGCACUUAGCUGCCUAUAAUGGUCACUGUGAAGCCCUAAAGACACUUGCCGAAACCCUCGUGAACCUCGACGUGCGGGACCACAAGGGGCGGACGGCGCUGUACCUCGCCACGGAGAGAGGCUCCACGGAGUGCGUGGAGGUGCUCACCAGCCACGGCGCAUCUGCUCUGGUGAAGGAGAGGAAGAGGAAGUGGACCCCUCUCCACGCUGCAGCUGCCAACGGGAACACUGAUUCCCUGCACCUCCUGAUAGACAGCGGGGAGCGGGCAGACAUCACCGACGUCAUGGACAUCCACGGCCAAACCCCACUGAUGCUGGCGAUCAUGAAUGGCCACGUUGACUGUGUCCACCUCCUGCUGGAGAAGGGAUCCACAGCCGAUGCAGCGGACAAGAGGGGAAGGACUGCCCUGCACCGAGGGGCUGUGACGGGCUGUGAGGACUGCCUGGCUGCCCUACUGGACCACGAUGCCUUUGUUCUGUGUCGGGAUUUCAAAGGCCGGACCCCGAUCCACUUUGCAUCGGCGUGCGGGCACUUAGAAAUCCUGAGGACCCUGCUGCAGGCAGCCCUCUCUACUGACCCUCUGGACUCUGUGGUCGACUACAGCGGUUACUCACCGAUGCACUGGGCUUCAUACAGUGGGCAUGAAGAUUGUCUUGAAUUGUUACUUGAACACAAUCCGUUUGCGUACCUAGAAGGAAACCCCUUUACUCCAUUGCACUGUGCAGUAAUUAACAACCAGGACGGCACUGCUGAAAUGCUGGUGGAAGCAUUAGGUGCCAAGAUUGUUAAUAGCAGAGAUGCCAAAGGAAGGACACCCCUUCACGCUGCUGCCUUUGCAGACAACAUCCAUGGUUUACAGCUGCUUCUGCGCCACCAAGCCGAGGUGGACAUGACUGACAAGCUGGGGAGGACUCCCCUCAUGAUGGCUUCUGAGAACGGGCACACUGCAGCAGUCGAGUUCCUGCUGUACCAAGCAAAAGCAAACAUAACUGUGCUGGAUGUCAACAAGAACACAGCUCUUCACCUGGCCUGCAGCAAGGGUCAUGAAAAGUGUGCCUUGUUGAUCCUGGGGGAAACCCAAGACCUUGGCCUUAUCAAUGCAAGUAACAGUGCUCUGCAAAUGCCGCUCCACAUCGCAGCUCGGAACGGGCUGGCCUCCGUCGUCCAGGCCCUGCUCAGCAGAGGUGCCACUGUGCUGGCUGUGGAUGAAGAAGGUCAUACCCCAGCCUUGGCAUGCGCCCCCAACAAGGACGUUGCCGACUGCCUGGCACUUAUCCUCUCCACCAUGAAGCCUUUCCCACCUAAAGACGCCAUCAGCUCUUUCAGCUUCAACCUCCUCAAGAACUGCGGCAUUGCAGCCAAAACCGCCGCCUGCGGGGCCCUGCCCAACGGCAGCACCUGCCCCUACAGCAAGGACCGGCACAAUGCCAUCGGCUUGGACGGCUGUUACUCGGAGUAGCUUAAACUAUGGGUGACCUAAUAUCUUAUUAUAUUUAUUUAGAAAUUCUAUAAAUAUAGGGCACUUUAAAGGAGAACAAGACUGGGCAGGCCUUCUAGCGUGGCCGGAUAGGCCAAGAGUUCAGAGCUUCCUCUUCUCGCUGGAUUGCCAGCGCGGUGCCAAAGCUGUUAAUUGGUUUAACGAGCAGCUGGCAGUGCCGUUCCCGUCCUCUGCCCCUUCUCAAUCCUCUUCCCGUCAGUGUGUGCUCGCACCCCUCUGGCGGCAGGGCAGGAGACGGAUGCUGCGGGAUUAGGGCUUCACCCGGCUGAGACGAGGCAGGUGCCACCAUCCGCUGGCCUGCAGAUGGGAAGGGGCUUUGUCCCCCAGCUUUCGGGGUGGGUUGAAAUCAGUUCUGGCGUUUCCCAGUGCCCCAUGCCAGCCUCCCGCCCUGCCUCGCCUCCCGGACGCCCCCGGGGCUGCCCCGAGCCCUCGCUCCAGCCGGCUGGGACGAGGAAGCCUGAACUCUUGGUGGGAUUGGGGGGUGGGAGUCUUUGGGAAUUGACUGGUCUUGCAAGUGCUGGGGUGGGUGUUAGCUCCUGGCCAAGUGCCACUGUAACUGCUCCUCUCUCGCAAUCACUUUUUCUCACGCUCAUCCUUCGAUUCCAAUACAAACACUUGAAUUAAGAUCUACUGUACCUGGGACACUAAAAUAUCCUUUUGGCAGCUGUCAUUUAUAUGCAAAAACGGGUGCUGCUGCCCAACCCCGCGGUCGGCUGGCUGCGGAUGCGCUGCUGGAGCCUCCCUCCCCACACCAGGCACUUUAGGGAUUCUGUUGGUUGGUUGUUUUUUUUUUUUUCUUGGCAAAAUGUCGGAUCCUAAGAAACGAUUCUUUUUUGAAUUUUCGUUCUCUGUUUUGCGUGGCCGUUUCCAUGCGAGAGUCAGUGUUGCUUUUUUUUUUUAAAAAAAGAAAAAAGUUAUUUAUAAAGAAACGAGCAUUUACCUUUAAAAAAACAACAAAAACCAUAAAAAAAAUUCUGAAAGUUUUAGCCUUUUAAUAAGGAAAAAAAUGCACUUCAAAGUCCUUAUUCACAACCCUAAGUAAGUCUGUGUUUAUUUUUCUAAUGCAGCAUCUUGGCAGGUUUAUUAGUGUGCGUGUAUGUGGGAUCAUUGUUUUUUGUUUUGGGUUUUCUUUUUUUAAUUUUAGAGAUCAUAUUUAUAAUGCAGGUUUGAAGCAUUUGAGAAUGUUGCACUGUUUUUUUCCGUUGGUUGGGUUUUUUUUUUCCUUCUGAAUUACUGUAACAGUAUCAUGUGCAAAAAACAAUACUCUUUCUCCAUAUCACGAGUCUGUUCAAAGCCAAAGACUGGGAUGCAGAGAACGAGAACGGGCUGACAGGGCAACAAGCAUUUCGGGAACCGUCUUCUCCCCCGACCUCCUUUCCCUCCGCAGCCUUGCCGAAAGCAGGGAGUGCAGGGCUGGGGCCGAGGCUCCUGCCCGUGGCCACCCCAGGGGGGGUCCCAGUGUGAUCCCUGCAGGAUGGGAGCAGGGAGAGAAGGAUCCCUCUCUCCCACUGAGUCCUUGGUGGUCACUCGCCUCCUCUUUGCUGGCAAGACUGCGAUGGGACCAUGCGAGCCUUGCGCUGUGGCUCUUCUGCCCAGCGUUUCAGAGAGAAAAAGCAUUUCUGUAACCAAAAUAAGGUAUUACGUCUUUUUUCUUCUUUUUUUUUUAAAUAGUUUCUAAAUGAAGGUGGCUCCUGUUAGGGUGACGUUUGUCAGGUUUAGGUUGUGGUGUGGAGCAGGCAUUGGAGCCGGCCGUUGCUGGGGGAGGCUCCCAGCGGGCGAGGGUGCUGCUGGCAGCCCGCGGGGAGAGUCCCCUCGCACUGUUUCUUUCUUUUACCAAAGCCAAACUCUUAGAACCAAAUAUGAAGUUUCAGUCUUGGCCUUUGGGUGAUAAGCACAUUUUCUUCACGUUUCACAUAGGAGUUUCUCCUGGAGGGGAGCGGGGUGAGGGACCUCCCGUUGCUCUUGCUCAGCACCAGCUCACCGGUGGAGCUCAGUCUCCCCAUCCCAUUACCAACCUGCACUUCAUUCAGCAAAGCACUCAAGAAAUUUGCCCUCGGUGAGAUCUCGGAGCAGGAGCAGUGGUCAGCCUGGUCUCCAGAGGGCUCCGGUCCCUGUGCAGUGGGGGCCGGGCACGUCUGACGGGCAAGGCUCCUCUGGCUGCUCCGGAGGGAUCUUCCCUUUCUGGACCACGAGCCCCCUCCACCCCACUCUUGGCAAGGUGGCAGCAGUGGCUCGCUGGUCUGGUGGGUCCCCUCCUUUGGUGCCAGCGUAGGAUCGUGUCCCUGGCCGAUCGUGUCUCUCCCUCCCCGCUCCCCCCCAACCCUCUAGCUUGAAAGAAAGUGUUAACCUUUCUGCACCGAAUACCUCAGUUCGGAACCAGAAUAAACUUACGAAACUUGAAUAAAAAGAUCCUUUUUGAAGAUCCUUUUCAGUAUUCUACAGAGGAGAACUGGAAAAAGAGACUUGUUUACAUUGCUGUCAAGUCCGCACUUGCCUCUUGCAGCUCUUUCCCUUUCUGGGAGGAAUUUAGGCAUCACUUUAUCUCUUCUUCUUGCUGCCGGCCCUCUCCCUCCCCGCAGGGCAGGAAAAUGGGUCCAAAGUCCUGAGCCGUCGUCUCCAAGGGCUAAAGUACUUUUUCAGGCACAUGAAGGGGCCGAGCCGCCACCGGCCUUGGCUCCCGUCCCCGGUGCGGGCAGCGAUUCCCAGGGAUGGAGAUGGGUUUGGCGCGGGGCAGACCCUGGGGCCGUGAUGGCUCCGUCCUCUUGAGCGAUGCUGCGGCUCUCCCAAAGUCAGUUGGGGAAAGCUGGGAGGCAACAGCAGAGCUGGGCCGUCCCCUGCCUGCCGCGGGAGGGGUACAGCCGUGCCCCUCGUGCCCUGGUCCUCGAUGUCGUGUGGCUUUAGCAUCGCUGACAGGGGAUGGGACUCCAGCAUCAUUUCACUUGAACACAGCUUUUUCCUGUAGCCAGGGUGAGAGCGUUCCUUAGAGCACACGGAGAAUGCUGCUUUUCCCUCACCCUCCCCUUAUUUUUUUGGAGUAUUAUUGUGGUUUUCAGUUUCUUUGUUUAGAGAAAAAAACUGAUCUCUCUUUUGGCCUUGUUUCUGUGCUAUGACGUGUUACCUUCUGCUCAACAUGAUGACUAAAACUAUGACGAGACAAUCAAUGUGAUCUCUGUAAGGGCUUCUCCAUUUCUUCUCUGCAGCACCAUGCUUUAUAUAUGUGUGUUCUUUGCUCUUAGCGAGGAUCUUUUUCUCCCCUCCCCUUGUGUCUUAUUAAAAAUAAUAAUAAUAAUAAUAAUAAUAAUGAUGGAGGGAAACGAGGUUUCAGCAGCGCAUCCGUGGUCUGGGAGCACAUGGGAGGAAACAUGGGGUGGGGUGGGAAGGGGGACAUGCGGCCAGUUUCCUUGCAGGUACCAGUCUUGUUCUCCUUUAACGCUGUAUUGUAUACAUUUGACAGCACAGCUUGACAAUUUAAGUAAUAAUCAAAGUGUUUGGUAAUAAUGCAUUAUUUUGCUAAACGAGAUUUGUGAUGGUUUCCCUAGUGCAUUGUAAAGAGGGAUGGAGGGAAACUUCCGCUGCCCUGCCCGCUCCCCCCUGCCCCUCGUGGGGCGGCGGACGGGGGCUCCCCCAAAUCUUCCUUCCCAUGGACCUUUAUGCCAAAGUUGGACCAUUCCCGCUUAGUGUUCUGCCGGCGCCCGGCAUCCGUUUGGUGUAGCUCUCACCGAGCAGCGACUUUUUCGGCUUUCCCCCCUCAAUGCUACUUAAAUCUCUUGGUUUCAAAUACGCAGGCACCGGAUCACCCCUCCCCUCCGCUGCCCCGACCUCCAAAAAAAGGAAGUUUCUCUCCGCCCCCUUGGUCCAAAGCACUUGCUUCAAGUAAUAAGCACUUUUGUUAAAGCAUGAGUCUGGAUUCCCUUUAGCAUCCCACGGGAUAGAGAGCAGCAAGAGCGGAAGGGAUAAGAGAGUGUCUUUGGUUUUAUUUUUUCAUUUUUAAUUUUAAAAAAAAAGUUUGUUUCUAGGGAAUGAAUGAACAAAGGGAAGUUGUGUUUUGAGAGAGAGAAAAAAAAAAAAACAGCACAAAUACAUUUCAACUCAAAAGGUGUAUUUGCACUGCCAUUGCUAGAGAAAGGGGCUGCCAGCCCUGCGGCCCCGCUGAGCCAUAUAAACUGCUGACAAACACUGAAUGUAACGUCCUUGCAGAGGGCAGCCCAGGGAGGCUGGGAUUGGCUUUAUUCUCGACGGGCACUUCAAUGAAAUUCAAAAAUAACCUAACGAUGAUGAGAAUCUGGUUGGUGUUUCUUUGUUGUUGCUGUUCCCGAGCUGCAGGCAAUUUGAAACUUUUUUUUCUUUUGGAAAAUGUUUCCCCCCCUCCCAUCCCCUCUCCCCCUCCGCCCCAUCCCUGCCCCGGAUGGAGCGAGGAGCUCCCUCGACCAAAAGCAAGAUGCAGAUGAGUAGUCCCCAGCCCUGUUGACCAUGUUGCAGGGCUGGAAUCCGGCAGAUAUAAAAGUAGCACUAAAAACAAAGCGAAAACUCCAAAAAAAUGGAACAAGUUUUUUUUUCUGUUUGUUUGUUUUGAGCACUCUGAGUGUGGUAGUGAUUCUGUAGAUACCCCGGGGUCCCCCAGCGUGCGGGGUAAGGUGUUAGUGAGAAACAAGUGAAAAACCAAAACAAAGAACAAACUGCAAAGACCCAAGAAACAAUCUUUUUCUUUGAUUUUAUUCUGUUGUUUGGUGGGGUGGUGGGACAGGCCCGGGGAGCUGCCCCUGCUCUCCCUCCCAGCUCCACUCUGAGGGUCCCCGUGUCCCCCCCGCCUGCCACAGGGACCAUAAAUGGGGGGACCUUGGGGUCCCCCAAGGCGUGAAUGUCGGGGUCAGACCUGUGCAGACUGUCAGCCCACGCUCACCUUUGCCUUCAGUAAGAAACCAAAGGAAAAACCAACCCCUUCCGUUCAAGAUACUGGCACGGACACGCGGAUUCUUUGGUUCGGGGGGUUUUUUUUUCUUUUUUUCUUUUUCUUUCCUUUUUUUUCCUCCUUUUCUUUGUUUUUCUCCAAGGACGCGAGGAGCUGUUCAAACCUCUUCUCCUGGCCGAAUUUUUCUGGGCUCAGCAGUGCUGGGUGCGUUUGAAAGGAGAAAAAAAACCCAACAAAGCCGAGACUCGGCCGAAGCAUCGGCGGGAGCUUCGGAGCGGGGAGGCAGAGGGUAACGUAUGCACGAGGCGAGGGACCUGCCGGGAGCUCUCCGAGGGGGAGCAGUGGCUCUCUGCAUCACAGCUCUUUAGUUAAACUAAAAUCCUCGGAGUCGUGGUGUGAGGCUGGAACGGGAUGGAGUCAGAGCCCCCGAGGGGCCGGGUGGGGAAGGGGGAUGCGUCUCUAAGGACUCGAAGGCAUCUGUAGCAAGCUCUGUGUCUUUACAAUAUCCUGUGUGUAAAUGCUGCACCUCUGUAUAUUAUGCACAUAAACAUUUCUUUGAAUAAGAUAGGACAGACCUCAUCACCAGUCAGGUAUAAACGACUCUUCCUCUUCUGUGUCUCGGUGUUCUGGCGUGUGUGUGCGUGCAAGCGGUUUGUGUGCGGGUCCGUGUGUCUGGGCGUUGUCUGAGCUUCCCGUGCAGGGGAGAAGGAGGGAAAAAAGAGGAAAAUAGCCUUACUCGACCCAGUCGUAUCGAUAUUGUUCGUCAACUUGAAAAUAAUAAAGUAAAUGCAUGGAAACCUCUAGCUGAGCCACGGUGCCUGACCGUGGGUGUGAUGUUUCGGAGAUCCAGGGUGCCGAGUGUCUCGUGCCGCGCAUCCCGAAGCUCUUGGUCCUACCGGGGUUUCUCCUUUAGCUGCGGAGGGUGGGCGGUUGCUGCCUCGCGUGCCUGGUCCUUCCUCCUGUCCUUUCUUUUUCUUUUUUUUCCUGAGGCCGUAGGGAGUGAAUUCCUCACGGCUUGACCAAAACUGCCGUUUCUUUGGUGCUCUGCACUUAGUUUCCAGGGGUUGUCCUUGGUCCUCAGAGCCCCAGAGUGCUGCGGGUCCCCACCGUGCUGCUCUGCCCACCCGUGGCCAGCGCUGCCCAUCUGUCCGCAGACCUGCCGCCGGCUUCCUCGCCCCGGGAUUGAGCCCUUCCGAGCUCUGCCUCCAGCGAAGGACAUGGAUGGAGUCGCCGGUCGGGUUAGUCUGAGUUGGAUAAAACACAGUGGCUGCCCCCACUGGGAGGAGAAGCUGGGGAGGGGGCCAGAGGCAUGAGGGGUCCUGGCCCCCCAGCCCGGCUGCAGGACGGGGUGAGGGCUCCCAGCAUUUGGGCAGCAUUUGGGUGCCUUGAUGCCGGCAAUGUUGUUCCAUUCCUGAAUUUUGCACUAUGUGAAGCGUGGCCAGUUUAGGAGGGGGGGCGCGGAGGGGGGCUGUUGCCUGGCUCCUGCCUGCAAGAGACCUGGGGGGCUUGACCAAAAGGAAAAUCAAAGAUAAUGUAGGCCGGUUGUGGGUGAGAGGGUCCUGACGCGCCGGGAGCUGCGGUGCGGGGAGCUCGGAGGGCGUUAAGACAAACCCAGAGCCUGUCCUGAGCACCAGACUUGAGAACAUUUUUCCUACCUGAAGGUACUAACCAAAACGGCUGCUUGCUAAAACGUCCCCCUGCCGGAGGUGGGCUGGGGGCCGGCGGGGGGGUGCUGUGCAGGGGCUGGCUGCGGCUGAGGGGAACAGUGCUUGGAAGCUGGUCCUUGUCCUGCUGUGCCCUAAAAAACUCUUGCGUCCUCUGUCGCACGCACCUUAGCCCUUACUGGCGUCUGGCUCCGGCUGCGGGGACAAGAGGUGGGGUGGGCAGAGGAAGGCUGAGAUUCUUGCCUGUCCCCCCAGCCGGUGUCCCACAGCGGCCGUGCUCCCCUGCAGCUGGUGGGCACACGCGUCCUGAAGCGACCUGCUACAGCCAUCGCGUUUGGCAGCACGGGCUUGAAAAUUGCACUGAAAUUGUUACGUGCCAGUUCCUCCUCCUCCGACAGGUCUGAAUUUCCCUUUGACCCCUCAGUUUUUCCCGUCAGCUUGUGUUUGUUCCCUCUCCUGUGCGCCCCAAACCUGCUGAGGCUCCUGUCCCCAGUGGUGAGAGCCACAAGAGCCGGCUUCAGGCCAGAGCCUCUCCCGGCGGAUCUCCAACUCCAUCCCAGCGCGGCAGAGCAGGGACUGGGCAGGGAGCUGCCAGACCCACAGUGGAGGAGGUGGCUGGGCUUUGCAACUCUUCCCCGCUCUUUCCAAACCUGUUGGUGUCUGGGAAAUCUUGUUAAAUGCUGCAGGCGUCGGGCUGGAUUCUGUCACGGGCUGGGAUUUAGUGUGAGCUCGGAGCAGCAAGCUGCGAGCUGGCGUUAGGGCAGGGCUGGGCGUUAAGAAAUAGUGUCUGUCUGCAGGGAGGGUGCAGUGCUGCCGGUCAGAGACCUCCUGGCUCCCAGUGCCUGGUGUUCCACACCGUCUCUGGGGUCAGGAGCCUGGAUGUUAGGCAUGCAGGUUCGUAUGUCCGUGGGUACACACAUGCUGUGUCUCAGCAGGCGCUCUCUUAGCUUUAAAGAUUUCCGAGUCCUCAAAGACCCCUUUCAAAGUCCGUUUAAAGUCAUUCGGUAGGUCCUUCCCUUCCCUUUUCCUCCUAGAUACACGUGGAAGGGAGUUUACGGAGAUUUGCUUCAUUUCUCGCCUGUCCUGUGUCAGGGAAGCACAGGUUGGUAAUGAAGGGCUUGGGCUCCCCCCUUCCUCACUGCAGUCGGGUCUUGGACUGGGCAACCUGCAGCCUUUCAGACCGACCCGCCGGCCGGUCCAGGUUUGACGCCUGUUAACAUCCCUCUCAGACCAUAUUUUAGGCUGUCCCGGGAGGCAGUGGAGGGUCCUCUGCCCGUUUGCCCGUCCCCUCGUGGGUAUCCAGUGCAGGUGAUGGUGAUGGGAUGGGGAGGGGUCUUGGGCAUCUCCCAGUCCAGCUGCAGAUAUGCCAAACACGGGGAGCGGGCACUGGUGCUUGGCAGAGCCACUCCUGGGAAUCCGCAGCUCCCCUUGUGGGGACAAAAGCCCACCCUCGCUCCCCACAGGGCCAGGACUGGGGCAGCUGCGGGGACAUUCGCCCGCCUGUGGCGUGACCGUCCCCGGGGCUGGCUGGACCCCAGACCCUUGGGCACCACCCGGGGCCUUGGACACUCCAGUCCCUGGCGCUGGUUUUUUGGCUUUUUCAGACCUUUGCAGGGAGCGGAGAGUGACGUUCCCUGGGGACAGGGGCUGAGCUGGUUCCUCUCCCAGCUCCGUCUGCUCUGUGCAGCCUGAGCACUGGUGCGAGACCAGACCAGGGAUGGGGUGCCCCGAUCAUCUCUUUGCCCUGUGCCGCGCCAGCUGUGGGAAGAACCAGCACGGGAUGGGAGAGUCUCUUUAGGUUCGUUUGUGGGGUGGUUAGAUAACGAAGAGCUGCUUUAAUUUGUGUCUUCUCUGCACUGUUCACACCUACCUCUGGCAAUAACCGGGCUGGGGCACAGACCUGGGGAAACACUUUCGCGCCUCUCGGACCCGCAGCCUCAGCGCCGGACCAAGACGGUGCCGUGCAUAGCGAGCGCGGCUGAGCGAGGGCAGGAGCGGCCGGGCUCUGCCUGGAUCUGCCUGCAAUGGGCAAGCGCCCCGCUCCCAGCAAGGAGUGGGUCGAGGGGGAGAGCGGCCCCGAGCGAGCCCCUCGCGCGCUGGCCUGGCGCGCUCGGCGUGUGCCGGCCCCGCGUGCUCGGCGUUUGUCCGCGCGUCCGUGUGUAGCAGCUGCUUCAUCUCCUCUGAAGGUAUUUUUACUUUAAUUCCCCGGCUUCGUUACCCUCCGGUGCACUGAAAUGUGGAACCUGCUGAGCAAAAACCAGCGUGCGGCCGUCCUGUUGUUCGUCAGCGGCGGGGCCUUAAUUGGCAGUCGUUCUUGCUGGGGACCUUUAACAUGGAUGCCUUUGUACUUGGGCAGGGAGGGAGAGGUGAGCGCGCCAGCUUGAGCGGUCGGUGCCCGAGCGUCCCCGCGGCGAGCACCAUCGGCACCGUCCCCAUCCGAGACCCGGCGGAGGCAGGGUCUGCGCUCCGUCCCGCGGUGCCCGCGGUGCAGGUCCCGGUGCUGCCGCGCUGGCGGUUCAGGCAUCUCCCUCCCCUCUGUAGGUGCUUUUUCCUUCAACCACUGGUUCAAAGCACAAGCGCGUGGCCUGGCGGGGCGAGGAGGGCUCUGCUCCUGGGGGGCGCGGGGGCUCCCAGCCCCUCGCACCCCCCCGCACGCCUGCCCCGUGGAGACCCGCCGCAAGUAGGGUAGAGUUUUGAUGUGCAAUUUAAAAAUAGGGAAAAAAAAAAAAAAGUAUGAAAUCCCCCCGGGGCCGUCGUGGUGGCCUCGAGGUGCCGGGUGCCUUGGUGGGCAAACUGAGCCAUGUCCCCCUGAGCUUGCUGGUUUCUCGCCCUUCUCCUGAGAGCAGGCGCCCCAGAGAGCCCCAAAAUCAGUCCUGACCAGCGAAGCAUAUGUCUCUGGGUAGAGGAAAUUGGAGCAAGCAAAAUCCCUUCGUGUCGUGCAAGGGAAACAGAAAGCUGUUCAACCCCCUCGCGGUUCUAGGGAGCGAAUAUGAGGCAAUAGGUAGGAGAAGAAGGAAAUCAGCCCAACAAGCCAUCCGUCCCCGCAGCGCAGAUGCUAUCCUGUCAGCCUCCUCCUCACCCCCGCCUGAGCCUAGUGAGCGGUUACUUUUGUCUCGGAUGUUCCAUAUAUGUAUUUUCAGAAAUCCUGCAUCACCUUCGGGGAGGGAGGGGGGAAAAGGAACUAAAAAGAAAUAAAAAAAUAAAAAGGAAAAAAAAAAAAGAAAAAAGCGUUCAGACUUGAUCUAUUUUAUACAAUGUAAGCUGCGACCAAGUCCUGUUAUUCAUAUUGUGGCUUUGAAUCAAUUAUGUUUAUUAAAAUGCUAUUGCUUCUA